AUGAUCUGCAUCCACCUCCACAAUGUAGAAGACUCAGCGCAGAUACAAAAGCUCACCAGCAAGUGGGGUGUCCUGGUGAGAGAACUGCAGGACGACCGAAGUGGCCAUAUUGGAGACGGGUCGACAAGUGGCGGUCGUGAUGAGAAGGCCGCGUUAAAAGGCGCGCUGAACCAGGCCGAUGUAUUCCAGAGCAUUGACCAGCUGCGCGAUGAACUGAUCAAAUGGAUAGCGCUUGUCAACAGACCUCACCCAAUAGCAAUGCCCAAGCGAGAGUGGGUCGGACCGCUCAUCGACCGCCAAGCUAUCGAAUGGAGAACAGAGGAACUCAAGGUGGCGCUUACUUCGCGAGGCCCUAUUGGAUGUCAAGUUCGCUUCCGCAAGGUGAAGAUUGCCUGCAGCUUCAGCACUGCCAGGAUCGUCUUUUUGUGCUCGCGGCCAUCGUCGAAGCGGACCUUUAUUGAACCCAUGACAGCCACGAUCAUGGCCGGUAUGACUGCUUCUCGGCUGAUCCCGUCUGUUAAGCCCGCCUUCGUUCGAGGCAUCUCUGAACGCCGAAGCGCUGAUCAGCGCAUAUUUCGUCGUGCCGCCUUUGAUCGACCGAAAGCUGACCAGUGCACCAGGAGCACCGAGACGACGGAGGACAUGAGGCGCCAGCCGAGUUGCUCGUGCAGCAUCAGGAGUUUUCUCGAUAACCUGAGACCGGCGUUCAGUGUGUCCCAGCAGUUCCAGGAUUUCCAGAGCGGCUGCUUUGGAGCCGAGUGGGCCGUUUUUGACAAGCUCGUUGAAGACAUUUGCGAUUGCUACAGACAAGAACACGGAAGAAAGGAGGCGAUGACAAUCGCGACAGGUGCCUGUGGAAGUCAGCUUACGCAUAGUUUGGGAGAAAUGCUCGACUCAGUGGUUCCUGCAAGCAACAAGCGCCCAGUGCAGGAGUGCCGGCCUGUGACUUCGCCCGAAUACUUCAUUGACGUCACCGGUGUCCGGUCGCGUGCCCCUCUACGCUGGACGCUGCUGGUCUGCUCCGAGGAAGCACUCGACUGCGUCAUAAAAAAUGCUCCUGAGCCGGUGGCCAGCGUUUUCCAAGGUGCCCUGCAGCUGGACGCACUAUGUGUCAAGGCAUCGAACCAGUACUUGGUGGUUCUGUUUAUUCCUGGCGAGUUGGCGGAGGCGGUUCUGCUGCCGCGCUUCUCCUACCCGCUGAGCUCCGAUCCGACACAAAUGCAGCGAGUGCCAAUUAAGCGCAAGCUGCUCCGUUUGGAAGAAAGGGUCGACCCAGUGGUGGAGUGCCGACCUGUGAUCUCGGCCGAAUACAUCAUUGACGUCUUCGGUGUCCGGUCGCGUGCCCCUCUACGCUGGACGCUGCUGGUCUCUGAGGAAGCGCUCGACUGCGUCAUGGAAAAUGCUCCCGAGCUGAGCACCGCUCAAGUGCUCGCCUGGGAAGUGUCAUGGUCUAUUGAUUGA